CUGCAGCGGGGUCCCCUUCGAUAGAAUAGGCAUCCUUGAUCCAGGAAAUUUUGUUUUUUUUUUUUGCGAGUAAGACUGCUAUCUAGUUGAACCGCCCACUCGCAUCGAUCGCGAGUGAUUCGGUCGACAAAAGACCGCGACCACUCCCUCUUGGCGCUUUCUUUGCCUUUACCAAGCUUUUAGCUCGGCAAUGGCUGGCUCGGGCAGUACAACGUCUUCCAUGACCUCGACAUCGCAUACCCUCACCCAUGCACCGUCGCUGAGCUUCCUAUCCGCCCUCGUUGAUCCUACAAAGCCUUCUGGCAGCAUGGAGAUGUUGGAACUUUUCGAAGCCGUUAAGGCCGGCAAUCGCCAUAACUUUCUGCAGCCAUCGGCGGCGCUUCCCAACGCCUCUCUUCAACUUGCCAAGGCCACAUUAGACGCAUACGCCAGCCAACUAAGCGACGAGCAGCAGCAACGUCAAAAGGAGGCAAAUAAGAAGCGAAAACGUGCUGACCAGACCCGCCACCCUAUCGAUGUUCUUAAAGUCAGGAAGCUACAUGUUGAUGGCUUCGAGAGUGGCCAAGUCUGGCAACAGGCAAAGAGGAUCAUUACAAGUACCCUACAAGAUGCCGAGCAGCUUAUUCACGACCUGGAAGAUCGUAAAGAAAUUCAAGUAAACGGUGUGAGCGGUACCACAAACCCGUCAGACUCGGACGGAAACGACUUGGGAAAUCUAUCUAACUCCACGGACGAGGACUCGAGUGGGGAGCUAGACGAUGACAUAGACGAAGAGGCAUUUGAAAAUGAAAUGUCAAGUGGUGAGGAUGAGGAUGACCUACUGGGGGUUGAAGGCGAAGCUUUGAGCCAAGGCGAAGAAGAUGGAGAGGAAGACGACGAUUUGAAGGAGGGUGGGGACAGUGAGGACAGUGAGGUCAGUGAGGACGACGAACCCGAGCCAUUGGUCGAAGACCCCAAUGGUUUGAAUGACGGCUUCUUCUCGAUUGACGAUUUCAAUAAAACCACACAGAUGUGGGAAGAUGCCGAUGCCAGAGCAGAUCCUAAUGUCGACCAAGGAAGUGAAGAUGAGGAGCUCGAUUGGCAUGCAAACCCUCUCUCAGGACAACAACCCGUAACCAGUAGUAAAUCAAGGAGGCCCAAAAAACUUCAGGAUGAUGAAGACGAUGAAAUGCAGUCCGGCGCCGAUAGUGACGAGGACGACGAUGACGAAGGUGGGCCUACCUUUGGUAAUAUGGAUCUAGAUGCACCAGAAGGUGAUAGUGAUCUAGAAGACGAAAUGGGCGCAGAAGACAAUGAAACAGAGGGUAACGCCAACAACAUCUUUUACAAGGACUUUUUCGCGCCACCAAGGCGGAAGGGAGCUAAACCGAGUAGGCCGCGCAAGCUGACUGCUACCGAGCGGGGCGGACCGGCAGAGAAAGAAGUCGAACGGGCAAUGGCGGAUGUUCGCCGUGACUUAUUUGAAGACGAAUCGGAACGGGAGGAUUCUGAAGAUGCACUUUCUGAGGUUUCUGCCGGAGAUCCCAAGUCGAGGAGGUCUGCACAUGAGCGGAGACAGGCUAAACUGGCCGAAGAAAUUCGCAAGCUUGAAGCAGCCAACGUGGCGAAGAAGGACUGGACCAUGUCAGGUGAGGCCAGAGCCGUUGAGCGUCCCGUGAACUCUCUCCUGGAGGAAGACCUCGACUUUGAGCAUGCAGGAAAGCCUGUCCCAGUCAUUACUCCCGACGUCAACGAAAGCAUAGAGGAUCUCAUCAAGCGACGUAUAUUGGCCAGAGAAUUUGACGAAGUAAUUCGACGAAGACCUGAUGCUGCAGAGUUCUCGUCACAUACACGUCGUGGGCUUGCUCAGGUGGAGGAUACCAAAUCAAAACAAGGUUUGGCUGAGAUAUACGAAGAGGAACAUGUCAAGAAUGCCAACCCAGACUCCUACGUCAGCAAAGCAGAUGAGAAACUUCGUAAGGACGAGAAAGAGGUUGAACAAAUGUGGCAAGACAUCAGCGCCAAGCUAGACGCUCUCAGCAGCUGGCACUACAGGCCGAAGCCCGCAGCACCUACCCUGACCAUAGUACCAGACAUUGCGACUAUCAGCAUGGAAGAUGCACAGCCAACUACGGCACAGGGUGUCGGCGGCGGCGACAACACACUAGCUCCCCAAGAAGUCUAUAAAGCUGGCAAGGACAAUGCCGAGAAAGGCGAGAUUGUUAGCAAGAGCGGCCUACCUGUGGCUAAGCAAGAGAUGACCCGCGAGGAUAAGGCUAGGAAACGCCGCCGUGAAAAGGAGAGGAUUCGUAAGGCUGAUGGUCUCGAAAGCAAGCAGCCCCAAAGCGCGAAAGCUCGGCAACGCCAAGAGACACUUGGAGAUCUCAAGAAAGGUGGCGUCAGAGUUAUUAAUAAGAAGGGCGAGGUGGUUGAUAUUGAUGGUAAUAAGGCCAAGAGCACAAAGACCGCUUCGAGUGGUACUUUCAAAUUAUAAGCUGCCGGUUUUUACCACGCAACGUUGACUUGUCGAGACAUCCGCAUUUGUAUAUUCCAAUCCACCUACAAUAAUGAACUGUUUUGUACAAUAACCUCCUGAAGUGAUAUGCCAUGCUGUACUCGACAUUCAAUCACUUAAUUUAUAUAAUUACGAGCAAGAAUGCAUAUUUUAUCUCAGUGUAUAUGCCGGACAAUGGUAUCACGAGUCCGUCUCGCUUCCCCUUUUGGGAUUAAUAAACUCGGUAGGUAUCGAUGGAUAAAUUGAUUCUUGCUGAACUUAUGUACCCAUCUGACGAGAAUUGUUGUUGCAGUGAGCUGCUGGAUACAUAUCUACCCAGAAUUAAG